CUCCAUAAGAAAACCUUAAGCCUCAGUACGCGCGCGCCUCCGUUCAGUUCGUUCUGGUACUCCCACGAACGCCUACCCGCCGCCCGCCGCCCGCCGGCAGCCGCCUCCGCCCGGCGCGACAGCAACGCGGCCGCCGCCCCCCGCUCCAGGGGGUUUUCGUCAGACAAAGGGGCCGAGAAAUGCCGCUCGGUGUACGGUUGAAGUGGCGGGAGACCAGCACGGCGAGCCAGCUGAGCGCCAAGAGGGACAUGAGCGGCGGCGGGACCGGGAUGGCCGGCGGGAAGACGGGGAACAGGAGGGAGGACGCCAGAGGGAAAGGAGGGGCCAGGUUCGGUGGCCGGGGCAAUGGGGAGGAGAGAGAAGAGCGCGGCGGGCGUGGGCGCGGAGGGGGUACGGAGCAGAAGCGGUGGCGGAGCGAUGCAGGGUCUCAAGGGGACGCCAGGAGGGGUUCGUCUGGGUUUGACAGCAGGAAGAGGAAGGGUGAUCAUGGCUCGGGGUACGGCGAUUACAACGACACGUCGUUUUCUAAACCAAGGAUGGACAGAAAGAACCCUUCCGAUGGAACCCGUGGGAAGUUUUCUUCUCGAGGAGGCGACGGAUUUAAGCCCCGGAGAUCUGAAGAGGGUGAAUUUCGGCCGAUGAGAAGGAGUAGCAGCAAUGGUUCUGGUAUGGGCAGAGGGGAAGGCGAAAGGUUCAAGCCUCGAUGUUCGGAAGAUGAUGGCUUCCGUUCAAUGAGAAGGGAUAGCAGCAAGGUUUAUGGUGGGAGUAAAGGGGACAAGGGUCGAUCAAUGGUCUGUAUGAAUUCACAAGCCUCCAAGUGGAAGAAAUUUGACAAAGACAUCAGGGUCGAUCGUCGAAAUGGUGACACCACAAAUGCCGAUUUGGAUGAGCAUGAUGCGGGAAGCAGGAAGUCUGAUGAUUCACAGCAGAAUGCUGAAGACAAGCCCCGUGCUCGUCCUACUCGGGUGCUGGACAAAACUGGGAAGAAACUCAGGGUCUAUAGGAAGGAUUCAGUUUCUGACUCUGAGGAAAUUGCUCCUCCUAAGAAGAGAAAGCGAAUGAAACUAGAUCCUUAUGACACAUCAAACAAACGGAUUGAGGAUGCAACUCCCAAACAAGAUGUUUGCAUAACAGAGAAGAUUCCAGAAAAGAGCACACCUGAACCUGACGAGACUGAAAUGUCUAUAAAUGCUAAAUUUCGUGACAUACAGCCAAGUUCUUCAAUCCUUUCAUAUGUUGAAGAUAAUUUACUUGGUCGUAGGCGUCUAAUUGACAUAAAAAAUGCUGGCUACAAUACCAAGCUUUCUGCUCCUCUGGAUAAUGUCCCCUUCUCAACCAGAAUUGAACGUGAUCGGAUAGAAGACACUGUGUUCAGAAAUAAGUUGGACUUUUUUGCCGCUGCAAAGAUCCCAUCAUCUUUCCCUCCUCCCACAAUUCCAGAGAUAGCAUUUGCAGGGGUAUCAAAUGUUGGGAAAUCCUCACUACUCAAUGCACUUACAAGACAGUGGGGUAUUGUGCGAACAUCAGAUAAGCCAGGACUUACUCAAAGUAUAAAUUUCUUCAAGCUUGCAUCAAAGUUAUGCCUUGUUGAUUUGCCCGGAUAUGGUUUUGCUUAUGCAAAGGAUGAAGUUAAAGAGUCUUGGCAAGAGCUUGUGAAAGAGUAUGUUUCAAACAGGGUUGGUCUGGAUAGAGUGUGCCUUCUUGUCCACACUAAACGUGGAAUGAAACCAUUGGACUACGAGCUUAUAGAUCUAAUGGAAAGAUACAAGACACCGUACCAGAUUGUAUUAACCAAGACUGAUUUGGUUUUCCCUAUAGACGUCGCUCGCCGUGCCAUGGAAAUCCAAGAGAGCCUCAAGAAGAACAAGUCGGUCGUAAAGCCCGUGAUGAUGGUGAGCUCCAAGACGGGGGCGGGCAUACGCAACCUGAGAGGCGUGCUUGGGAAGCUAGCUCGCUUCAUCAAGCCGUAGGGAGGCGAUCGCUUAGCCUGGAGUGCGUGAUUCCGGGAAAGAUAAAUGCCCAAGUGGUUCGGCUUUUAGGCCUUGAGGUCCUUCCUUGCUAGGAUGGGAUAUGACGCCAUGUUGUAUCUAAGAUUUGGAUCACCGAACCAUUUCCCUGUCUGAGAGAAGAUUCUAUCAUUUAGAGGCUACUAGAAGGAUACUGUGUGGUUCACUGGGCUGUUUUUCUUUUUUUGCGAAGUGUAUUUGCACUGUUUUAGCAAAAUUCAUGUCUUAAAUAAACUUCUACGCUGAUUGAGGGCAGUGAGUACACAAAUUUAAGUAUGGAUGUGGUACAGAACCCAGAGCUUCAUAAAGGAAGGAAAAUACAGCGUGUCAUUUCAGAAUUUCCCUUGAAAGCUAGAUACAGCUAACAUGUUAACACCUUCUCAGGGAACAGAUUGUUCAUUUUUAUGCAUUGAGGUGCUGUCUCUCUAUAUAUUGCUAAAUUGUGGGCGUUUUGGUGACCAGGCUCCAUGGAGCCUGAAACUUCUGAAAAAAAAAAUCAAAAUUCAUAUUUUUUCGGUUUCAAAACAAUCUGAAAAAUAUAUGCAAAUAUACCAGGACGAAAUGUACAUGUGUAAAAAUUAAGGAUGCGACCUGUACAAAAAAAACAAAUUCAUGGACUUAUGGGGAUUAAUGUGUUAAAAAGACUUAGUUUUGCUUUUUCCUGUUUUUGCAGAGCCCUCAGUUUAAUGUAUUUCAUCCUGAAAAUUUACACAUGCAUUAUGCCAUAAAAAUAUGAAUUUUGAUGAAUUUCGAAUUUUGCAAAUGGAUGCCUUUAUGGAGCCCAGCCUCUAAAAUUUUCAGCUAAAUCGUAGACUAUCAAUUUCGAACUCAGCCUCCAAAAAUUUCAACUAAAUCUUAGACUAGAAAUCAAUUUCGUGGUGGCUGGGCUCUCAUUUCUCUUUCCUCUCCAUUAGAGGGCACGACAUGAUGCCAAUAGACUCACUGCAGAGUAACCCCAGCCAAGCUUGUACCCUAAUGGAGCUGAAGAUAAGCGGAUCCAAACUUCAAACGAUAGCUACUACAUCGACGGAGAGAUAGCUACUACCUCGACGAAGGGGAACCGGAGGACAAUGUGUUCUGGCUCAGGAAAAGUUGCUGCCCGGCUGUUUAAUCAUAUUGCCAAACGGCAGCAAGGUAAAGUUGGAAUCUGCGGUGUGCAAUCUCCAAAACCUCUCCAAAACCAAUUAAGUCAUUUUUCACUCAGCACUGUUCACUACUAAGAGGACUUACGCACUGACAGGAUUCAAAUCAGUCUUGAGAGAAAUAAAAGAUGAUAUGAUGCAUGAACGCAAAACCACAAGGGGGGCAUCCCCAGACAAACCAAAAGGUUCUCUCUGAUAUAGAUAGCAGUGAAAUUGUCAAAACAUAAAGACCUGAUCACAAAUUGUGCUUGACCAACCAACUUUCAGUACAACCGAUUGCAGCAAAAACUAGGUAGAAUAGUUCAAUAUCCA